UUGAAGCGCCAUCCUCUCCCCUCCCCCAAUGGAUCCUGUGUCUUCCACAGCAGGGAGCGGGGCCCUGCUUCCACGUCUUCUCUGCUGUCCUGGUGGGCUAAAUCAAGGCAGCCCAGCUCCAUCUGCUCUGCCCCAAUCGCAAAGCUGUGGGAGGGGGUUCCCAAGCCCCGUGGCCAUAAGGAAGCAGAUGGAAGUUAAGAGGCUGUGGACGAGACAAGCUCCUGACCAACAUCGAGCAUGGCCCCUAAGUCUUACCAGGAGUCUGAAGAAAAGCAGGUAUCCCUAGGUCCAGCAGGUGUACAGUCAGACAGCAGUGUCUUAGGGUCUCCAGCUGGCACACCCGUGGACAGAGUGGCUCCUUCUCCGAGCACUAAGCUCUACACACCAAUGAGCUGCUUGAUCAAGCAGUUAGCCCCUGAAACCCUGGACCCACGUACCCUGAGGCUGUUAUGGGAACAGAGAGAACUAGAGAUCCAGGCACUUCGGUGGGCUGUUCAGAAUGGCCAGAAUGUCCGAUACAACUACAUCCUGCACGAGGUGGCAGGGAUUCCCCCUGAGCGAAGUCAAGACAAAGUCCUGAAGAACCAGGUCCAGAAGCUUACCCUAGAGCUGAAAGCACAGAAGGAACAAGCUCAGCAGGAGAAACAGCAGUUAGAGGAGAAACUGCAGCAGAACCUCUGUGCAAUGCAGCAGCUGGAGGCUGAGCUUCAGUCUUUCCAAAAAUCAUGCCUUCUACAGCUAGCCCGUUCCUCUUGGGUGGGACGCACGCUGAGGUCUCAGACUGGCAGUGUGGAGGUGGUCACUGCAGAGGUCCUAAGAGACCCCAGUGACUCUUCUGAGUAUGCUGUUUCCACUGCGCGGGAGGGUUUCCGGUUGGAGGAUGUAGAUUGGAACAGCGUUGCCCAGCGAUAUCCCAACCUCUUCUCCAACUUCAGUUUCUAUUCGGAUCAAAAGCUGUCCCAGCCCCCAAACUCCGAAACUGAUGCCUGGGACUCAGAGGGUGUCAUCAAGCACAGAGAGAAGCCUGCCAAGAUCCUGGAGUGGAGCACCCUGCCUUCGGUAGACACCAGUAGCUCCAAAAGUACUGAGUCUGACACCAGUAGCUGCCAGAUGGUUCUACAUUCUGGAGAAAAGAAGAUGACUGGCCACCCACCCCAGGGAACAAAUUUAGCUUCUUCUGAGCAGAUGCAGGAAGACACUAAGAGCUUCAACGAAUACACAGAAGAUCUCUAUAAAAGCGGCUCACCCUCGUGUAGCAAGACUGUUUUGGAGUCCUAUACAGACCUUCACCACCCAUAUACAAGACCCCAGUUGAACCCAUUUGGCUGCUGCUUGAAGAUCACUGCUGUCAGCUACCGAGAGAAGUUCAUCCGCAUCAUCAACCAGUCACAGGCAGAGACAGUUGACCUGGGUGGCUUUGUUCUGCAGCAGCUUGUGAGGGACUUCCCUGUGUGCAUGUACCGCUUCCCCCCUGGUACUCUGUUAGCCCCGCAGCACCACAUCACGGUAUGGGGAGAAGGAACCAGCAGGACCAAGAAGCAGCUGCCAGUGUCCUCAGGCCAGGACCCCUUCCAAUUCCAAUCUAGCCGAGGCUGUGUGACAGUGUUAGUCAACCCCCAGGGUCAGGUCCUCAGCGAGUAUCAAACUGCACCCUGCAUGACUCUGGGCUCAAAGAUCUUCACCGACAAUAUUGACUGGUCCAUUGACUGCUUCCCGCUCUCAGAGUCUGAGCCCAAUGUUGACCCUGGUGAACAGCAGCGUCAACCUUCAUCACCACAGAAAGGUCGGGCAAAGGAUGCUCGAGCCAGGCGCAAGAAGCCAGGGACAGGUGUUCGUCAGCACAGGCUCUCUGGCACUAGCGGACUGAAGGCCUCACGACCUCUUCGCCCCACAGAGACCCAGGAUAUCUUGCCACUCCUAAGCACCCGAAAGCUUCUUCCCCCUGGGGAAGUUCUUGCACAGCAGGAAGGUGUGAAGACUGAGACAUCAGAGCUCCUGCCCGUGAUCCCAGAGUGUCCCUCAAGAGUGUGUCUUGCUGAGGACUCACUGGGUAGGCAGGAGCGCAAGGUCCAGGAACUAGACAUCACUGGUGGGGCAGGAGCUCCUGGAUUGGCAGCCCCUGUAGAAGCAAUGACAGAAUACAAGCUUGUGGUGGUGGGCGCUGGAGGCGUGGGAAAGAGUGCCCUGACCAUCCAGCUGAUCCAGAACCACUUUGUGGACGAGUAUGAUCCCACUAUAGAGGACUCCUACCGGAAACAGGUGGUCAUUGAUGGGGAGACAUGUCUACUGGACAUCUUAGACACAGCAGGUCAAGAAGAGUAUAGUGCCAUGCGGGACCAGUACAUGCGCACAGGGGAGGGCUUCCUCUGUGUAUUUGCCAUCAACAACACCAAAUCCUUUGAAGACAUCCACCAGUACAGGGAGCAGAUCAAGCGGGUGAAAGAUUCAGAUGAUGUGCCAAUGGUGCUGGUGGGCAACAAGUGUGACCUGGCCGCUCGCACUGUUGAGUCUCGGCAGGCCCAGGACCUUGCUCGCAGCUAUGGCAUCCCCUACAUUGAAACAUCAGCCAAGACCCGGCAGGGUGUGGAGGAUGCCUUCUACACGCUAGUACGUGAAAUUCGGCAGCAUAAACUGCGGAAACUGAACCCGCCUGAUGAGAGUGGCCCUGGCUGCAUGAGCUGCAAGUGUGUGCUGUCCUGACACCAGGCUCAGGACGUGGAGGUGCCGGAUGCAGGGAGGUGGUGCUGACGGAAGGAAGGAAAGAGAAGGGAAGGAAGGAAACGAUGCUGGAGCCAGGCCAGUCCAGGGAUGGUGGACAGAUGUGACCAAGACCUUCGCAUGGACAAUUUGAACAGACUGUCAUGAACUGUCCCUGUUGCCACUGGCACCCAAGUCCUCCACCCCUCUCAGUUCCCUCCGGGCGCCUAUGAGGGCACACAUUGAAUCACAGUAAAUUAUUUGAUGGUCUUGA